CUCAGCAUUCGCACAACUCGUAUUCAGUGCAAUGAGACUAGCUUCAACUCUUCUAGUUCUGACCUCCCUGACUUGGUCCGUCCAAGGAUACCGGAUUCUCAGCAUCAACGCCAGCCCAAGCCGCUCCCAUGUGAUCGUACAGGAAGCCCUGGCCAAGGAGCUGGCCCGUCGCGGUCACCAGGUAACGAUGGUGAGUCCCUACCCGGCGGAGAAACCUCUGGAGAACUAUCGACAGAUUGUCGUACCGCUGGAUUCGUACUGGAAAGCUACCAUGUCAAAGUUCAUGGAGGAUCAGUCCAAAAUCGCACUGUUCAAGAACAUGCCAAAGAUGAACCAGAUCAUGCAGGACGCCGCGAACAACACCAUCAACCACCCGGAGGUGCAGCGGAUCAUCCGGGAGGAGCCGUUCGACCUGUUCAUUACCGGACUGAUGAGUGACUUCGUGCUUGGAGUUGCCUACCAGCUGGGAGUCCCGAGCGUCGUGGUGUGUCCCAACGCGGCGAUGGAGAUGGUCAACAGCAUGGUCGGCAACCCGGCACCGCUGGCCACGGUGCCGAAUCCCAUGGUGGGAGCGACGAACGCGAUGACCUUCACCGACCGGUUGAAAAACUUGCUCGGUAAGGCGAUUGAGGGCGGGUUCGCGUGGUACAUGAAAACUUCAUCGGAGCAGUACUACAACUCCAACUUCCCACGGGACCAAUUUCCAUCCUACGACGAGGUGCGCCGCAAUGUAUCGCUGGUGCUGAUAAAUCAAUACUUCACCAAGACGGCGGCGCGUCCGUACGUCCAAGCCAUGGUUGAAGUGGGUGGACUGCAGAUCAAGCCCGUUCCCGAUCCACUUCCGGCAGAUCUUCAAGAGUGGCUCGAUGGAGCGACGGAUGGGGCGGUAUUCUUCAGCAUGGGAACCAAUCUGCAGAGUUCAACGAUCCCGGCGGAGAAGCUGCAAGCGUUGGUAGCGACCUUCGGCAAGCUCAAGCAGCGCGUCAUCUGGAAGUGGGACUCGGAAGACAUCCCGAACAAACCCGCAAACAUUCUACUCCGAAGUUGGUUACCUCAGGAUGACAUUCUAGCGCACAAGAACGUCCGACUCUUCAUAACGCACGGAGGACUCGGUGGAAUCGCCGAAGCGCAAUACCACGGAGUUCCGCUGGUCGGAAUGCCCAUGUUCGGCGAUCAACCGUUCAAUCUGGAGCGAGUUAGGGAGGAAGGCUGGGCCGUGGUAGUUCCCUUUGCGGAUCUUACCGAGCAAGCGCUUACGGAUGCGGUGGGUGAAGUUCUGCACAACCCUAGCUACUCGCAGAAGGUCAAAGAGCUGUCGAUGUUGUACCGCGACCGGCCCCUGUCCGCGAUGGAUACGGCGGUGUUUUGGACGGAGUACGUGAUUCGGCACAAGGGAGCGCGUCACAUGAGGUAUUCCGGCGUGGAUCUCAACUUUGUUCAGCUGAACAUGCUGGAUGUGUGGGCGUUUUUGGGAGUGCUGGUGAUUGUGGGAGUGAAGGUCACGCUGUGGACCUGCUCGAAAUGUUUUGGGAAAAGAAGCGCGAAAUACAAGAUGAACUAGUCACUUUGUAGCUUCUUCAACAAUAAAUGCAAAUUGCAUCUACUAGA